ACACACGGAGCCACUCACACGUGCAGACACACUCCUGCCAUCCGCCUCACGCUCUCGGCCCUUGACUUCUACAAGCCCAUGGAACAUUUCUGGAAAGACCUUCCUGGUCCAGCAGGGUGCUCCUUCCUUUGCUGAGCCCCCUGCCGCACUGGGAGAAGGUUCUCACCUCGCCCGGGGCGACUGAUUUUCAUCAUGACACUCCACACCAAAGCUUCUGGAAUGACCCUGUUGCACCAGAUUCAAGGGAAUGAGCUGGAGCCCCUGAACCGCCCGCAGCUCAAGAUGCCCCUGGAGCGGCCGCUGGGUGAGGUGUACGUGGAUAGCGGGAAGCCCUCGGUGUACAACUAUCCUGAGGGCGCCGCGUACGACUUCAACGCCGCGGCGGCCGCCGCCAGCACCCAGGUCUACGGCCAGUCUGGCCUUGCCUACGGCCCGGGGUCGGAGGCUGCGUUUGGCGCCAACGGCCUGGGGGGCUUCCCACAGCUCAACAGCGUGUCACCGAGUUCUCUGAUGCUGCUACCGCCGCCGCCGCAGCUCUCGCCCUUCCUGCACCCCCACGGCCAGCAGGUGCCCUAUUACCUGGAGAAUGAGCCGAGCGGCUUCGGCGUGCGGGAGACCGGUCCUCCGGCGUUCUACAGGCCCAGUUCAGAUAACCGACGCCCGGGUGGCCGGGAGAGAUUGACCAGCAGCAGUGACAAAGGAAGCAUGGCCAUUGAAUCUGCCAAGGAGACACGCUAUUGUGCAGUGUGCAAUGACUACGCCUCGGGCUACCAUUAUGGAGUCUGGUCCUGUGAGGGCUGCAAAGCCUUCUUCAAGAGAAGUAUUCAAGGUAAUGGGCAUAAUGACUACAUGUGUCCAGCCACCAACCAGUGCACGAUUGACAAAAACAGGAGGAAGAGCUGCCAGGCCUGCAGGCUCCGGAAAUGCUACGAAGUGGGGAUGAUGAAAGGAGGUAUUCGGAAAGACAGAAGAGGAGGAAGAAUGCUUAAACACAAGCGCCAAAGAGAUGAUGGGGAUGGCAGGAAUGACACAGGGCCCUCUGGAGACAUGAGAGCUGCCAACCUCUGGCCAAGCCCUCUGUUGAUUAAGCACACCAAGAAGAAUAGCCCAGCCCUGUCCCUGACGGCUGAUCAGAUGGUCAGUGCCCUGAUGGAUGCUGAGCCCCCCAUACUCUAUUCUGAGUAUGACCAGACCAGACCCUUCAGCGAGGCUUCAAUCAUGGGCCUGUUAACCAACCUGGCUGACAGAGAGCUGGUUCACAUGAUCAACUGGGCAAAAAGGGUUCCAGGCUUUGUGGAUUUGGGCCUCCACGACCAGGUCCACCUUCUGGAAUGUGCCUGGCUAGAGAUCCUGAUGAUCGGUCUAGUGUGGCGCUCCAUGGAGCACCCAGGGAAGCUUCUGUUCGCUCCCAACUUGCCCCUGGAUAGGAACCAGGGGAAAUGUGUGGAGGGCUUGGUGGAGAUCUUUGACAUGUUGCUGGCGACGUCGACUCGGUUCCGUAUGAUGAAUGUGCAGGGAGAGGAGUUUGUGUGCCUCAAAUCAAUCAUUUUACUGAAUUCUGGAGUGUACACCUUUCUGUCCAGCACCCUCAAGUCUCUGGAAGAGAAGGACCAUAUCCACCGUGUCCUGGACAAGAUCAUAGACACCUUGAUCCACCUGAUGGCCAAGGCAGGUCUGACUCUGCAACAACAGCAUCGACGCAUGGCCCAGCUCCUCCUCAUCCUCUCCCACAUCCGCCACAUGAGUAACAAAGGCAUGGAGCAUCUGUACAACAUGAAGUGCAAGAAUGUGGUGCCCCUGUAUGACCUGUUGCUGGAGAUGCUGGAUGCCCACCGUCUGCAUGCUCCAACCAACCGUGGAGGUGUGCCCAUGGAGGAGCCCCCUCAAGGCCAGAUGACGACCACCAGCUCUGCUUCGGCACAUUCCUUGCAAACUUAUUAUAUCCCCGGAGAGGCUGAGAACUUCCCCAGCACGAUCUGAGAGCUCCCCACAUCCCCACAGGUUCUGCGAAUCCCUGUAGCAUUUUACCCAUGCCAUGUAUCACUUUAGUGGAAUUCUGUCUCCAGCGCAUAGUUCAGCAUGCAUCUACCACCAGUGGCUUUCUAAUAUGAGUGGCCAUUCAUUUGCUUGCUCAGUUCUUAGUAGUGGCACGUCUUCUGUUGGGAACAGCCAAAGGGAUUCCAGGGCUAAAUCUUGGAAACAGCUCUUUCCCCACCUUUGCUCCAUGAUUAAGCAAAAAGGAUUCCUGUAGCUCUUGCUGACAGAACUCAGUCCAUGGGAUGACUAUGUGCAUUUAAUCUACUUGUUGAGCCAGGCCUGGGGAAGAGACAGUAUCACCUCUGAAAAGCUCUAAGAAU